AAACAGCUUUUUCACCGAUCUUUCUCGCUUUUCUCUGCGGGGUGCCUAACACUCUCUCCCAUUAAAUCAACAGCGACCAUAUUCACGAAAUGGAAAGGGGUUCCGUGGGAAAGUGUUGUCUUCCACUUCUGUCACAAUUUUUACUAUGGUAGGUAGUAAAGUAAGUGGUGAAAUAUGACAAAUGGUAGGUAAUAAAGCAGGUGGUGAAAUAUGGCAAGUGGUAGGUAGUGAAAUUGGUGGUGAAAUAUGGCAAGUGGUAGAGAGUGAAGUAGGUGGUGAAAUAUGGCAAGUGGUAGGUAAUAAAGUAGGUGGUGAAAUAUGGCAAGUGGUAGGUAAUAAAGUCGGUGGUGACAUAUGGCAAGUGGUAAGUAAUGAAGUAAGUGGUAAAAUACGGCGAGUGGUAGGUAGUGAAGUAAGAAGUGUAAAAUAGCAAAGGUAGUGAGAUAGCUAGGAAUAAGUGGUGAAGUAGCUAGUGAAUAGUGUUAACUGGAUAUCGUCAAUGACAUCGUAUGUUAAAUACAUGGGUGAACUCCAUUGCCAGUAAUCUGAUGGGUAACCAGUGUGGGUUAACAGUAGCCAGUGAACUCACUAGUGUUAUUAGUGAUGAAUCGAACUGGCGGGUAUCUACGGUUCUGUAUUAUGCGCUUUACGCUCUUGCUUGGAUCGCUCUCUUUAUGCAUUUAACGUUCUUUGUACUCAGUGAUCUUCACGCUCUUUGAAAGUUCGCUCUGCGUUUACGAGCUCAAGCACAUUUUGCAUCACAUUGUUCGUGUUACGAUCUUUGCUCUGCUACUAUAUGUAUAUGUAUGUAUGUUUGUAUGUGUGUUUUUAUGUACGAAAGUUCGAAUAAGUUUUCAUUCGGUUUUCAGUGCGAAAGGCCGGUCCAACGAAUGGGUGGAAUUAGUGCGUUUUUGCAUUUCGAAUGAGUUGGUGUUAUCGAAGGCGGUUGUUCGUUCAUAUAUAUACAUCUAGUUAGAAUAUAUUUGUGCUUUUGUGUAUGUUAAUAUAUAUGUACAGCUCUAUAAUAUGAGUGCUAAAGAAAAUUACAAAAAGAAUUUAAUGUAAAAAAUUACAAUUAAAUUUUUAUUUUAAUAAAAACCGUACGGUGUCGAAGAAGUUGUGUGCAAUUAAACAGAAACAAAAACAAAAAUAUAUUUAAUUUUUUCAUAUACAUAUAUACGUAUAUAAUUAAAUAAAUAAACAAAAUUGUGUUGUGGGAAUUAAGUGCGUUUAUAUAAAAAGUCUCGGUAGGAUAAGCCAGGCUAUCGGUUAAUGAAAAAAAAAAUAGUGUUGCCAGUGUUAUUACGUCAACAAACAACUCAUUAGUGCUAUUGAAUUUACACAAUAAUAAUUGUUAAUUAUAAAUCAAUUGCUGCUGCAAGGUGUGAGAAAAAUAUUACAUUGAAGAAAAACUGUCUCCAUAGGUAUAUUUCACAUCGCGUCUACGAAGGACAAAAUUCUUGCUGCUGAAGUGUGUAAAUUUGAGAACUAACGCUAAACACUGACCUCGCCACGUUAAGGCGGGACAUGGCGUGGACGAAGCUUACAGUAUUAACAUAAGCCACACGACGACGAAGACGGAAGUCGAGCGCAUAAACGAAAUUGCCAGCGGUAAGGAUAUGGAAAGCCAACACAAACACACACGCAUAUAUGCAGUGUAGUAAAUGCGAGUGGAGUCGACGGCAAUAUGUAAAGGCGAAAUGGAAAUGCUGCGAGCCAUAGCCACUGCAUUGUGUUCAAGAGAAAUUGAAUGAAAACUAUGUAAAAAGAGGAUAUCAAACUAAAAGGAAGUGCGCGCGUGUGUGUGUGAUUUUGAAACUUAAAUGUUACUAUAAAAUUUGCAUAUAAAUACUAUAUGCCACAGCUGUGAGUUGGCAUUGUCAUUAUAAGCGCACAAUUGUAAUGCAAGCGCACAAAGCAAAUGCAAGGAUAAUUGCAUAAAUGCGCGGCUAAGUGCAUAAGGAGUAGGUAGCGUGUUAAUAUGUACGGAAAUUCGAGCGCGCUACAAGUGUGUAAGUAUGCCAAAGGCAAAAUAAGUGUUAAAAGCUUAGCGAAAAUUAAGUGAGGGGGCAAAAAAUCGGUGUGAAAAAAGCGGGUAAAAAAAAAAAUAAAAGUAAACCAAAAAACACAAAAGUGAUAGUUAUUUGAAGCACACUAAAAAAUAUUACUUUAAAAAAAAAUUAAAAAUAAAUAUAUAUAUAAAUAUUUAGUGACGCCGCCGGUAAUUCGUUAGUUUCACUUACCUUGUGCCUCGCAGCUGUUAUUAGGGCAACGCGCGCGCGCACCAACGCAUUCAACAACUACGCACAAUAGCGUUUAUAGCUAACCCGCACAAAUUUGCGCAUCCACUCUCAUAAUAGCGCGCGUGCACUCAUCUCCAUACACAUUCAUUUGAUUGCGUGAACGAUCUUGUGGCUUUUUGGCUUAUAAAUGUACAAGGACAGCAGCUGCCGCAGCAGUACGCAGCCAACACCGCCAAAAGCAACGCCAGAAACAGCAAUAAACACAACAACAACAGCGUCAGACACCGAUGCCAAUACAGUUGUAACAACAACAAGUACAACAACAACAACAGCAACAAGCGCUGAGCCUACAGCGAGCGCGCAGCAUAGUAAAGCUGAGCGCAACGCUUCUCUCAAAGGUCAUGCGUCCAAAUCAGUUGACGACCACACAACAGCAGCAGCAGCGGUAAGUGAGCGCUCCGCGAGCAGUGAACCCACAACCAUAAACACAGCAUCAGCUGCAGCCAGCACGACACACAACAGUCUAAGUAGCAACAGCAACACGCCCAUCACACUUAGCCUCGCGGCCGAACAUUUGGAGGCGGAGUAUUAUCAGCUCAGCUGCGCCUCAGAUUGUUCGGUUUCGUCAACAUCCUCCUCGGGCGCGAAUACAUCAUGCAGCGGCAGUGACGACAGCGACGAAAACAGUGAAGUGUAUACAUUUCGUGCGCGUCCCGCAUUCCCCGCGCACCUCUUAUAUAGCGCAUCCAAACGACGCGCCAAAUUGCGUCGCGAACACGCGCCCGGUGAGUGUCAUAUAGCGUCGGCGCUUGACGCCGAUAGUCGACGCGGCAGCGCUGUAAGUGGGUUGAGUAACGCUACUGGCGUUAGCGGCGGCAGCAGUAGUCGACGGCACAGACAAAAACAUCACACUAGCAUUAGCGCUGAUGUGCGCGUGUUGCGUAAAAUCGGUUAUAUUGCGUCGCGAGUGCGAUUUUUGGCUAAAAUCCAUGGUGAUUUCAAAUUGAUAAACCCAUAUAGUCCCGCAAAACAGCGCAAACAACUGCAAGAUAUACUGCUGCGUCAUUCCAUACCUGAUACGGACCGUAAAGGUGCAGCAGCAGCGUCAGGUUAUCGCACAAAGAACGCAACGACGGCUUACGACAGCGCGACAGUGGGAGCGGCAACAGCAGCCGCAGCGCACACAACGCAUACAGCAGCAGCAACUGAUUUAGCCAGCCAACGGAACACAACGCCUGAUAGCGCGCUAACAAGUAGUGCGCAAGCAGUAGUCAGCGCGUGCGUGCAGGAAACGCAAGUGCCGCACGCAGAAGAAGAAACUGCGCUCAGCUCUCUGGAAGACGACGACGAGGAGGAGACAUCUGCCACAUUUACUGCGGCUACGGUGCGCCGUAAGUCAUCUGUGCUGGUAACAGGCGGCGACGAGAACCUCACGGCCCAGCACUCUCUUGCUGUGCUGGAGGAGCUUUUGGUGCAGCUCUAUGAACAGCGGCAGCAUCGCAUCACUGUAAUACGGCGCCGACAACAAAGUCGACGCGGCAGCAAGCGUGGUAACGGCAAAAUUGCAGCCAACUGCAAGCAACAGUCCGCGCCGCAGCCACAACAGUUAAUCAUUAUGAGCGGCGGCAGCGCUGUGGGGACGGAAAGCAACGUCGGACAACAGCUACUGCGGGCAGACGCCGUCGAUAUCGAGCAGCAAACGAAUUUACGCAAUGCCAAUAACUUAUACAAUAGUAGCGAUAUUGCCGCCGAUAACAGUAGCGUAGUGUCAGCAAGUGCUUCCGCGGCACAACUACAGAGCAGCGCCACCGCUGGUGUAUCCGUAAACAUCGCUAACACUGCAUCUAGUCAAGCCAAACAAAAGCCGCCGCAAGCUCAGCAGCAGCGCAGCUAUAGCAAUGCUUUCCUACAACCAUUCAGCAUUGGAGGCGGCUGUAUGGACCGGCGACGGCGCGCCAGCGAUUGCUCAACGCAUCCCAGUAGUCAGCAAUUAUUGCAGCAGCAGUUGUUGAGCAAUCAAUUGCAAGUAACGCUGAAGAACAACAACUACACUAUUGGUGGUGGUAAAUUUCCCUAUCAUCGCGGUAGUUGCGGCGGCGCGGGUGAACAUUUGUUAGCUGCCAAUUCCAUAGCCAAUCGUUCGACUAUAAUAUUGAGCAAAUCAUGCAGCAAUGUGGAAGGUGCACCGACGGCGCAUACUGGCGUUGUUGGUGGUGUUGGUAGCGGCGGCAAUGCUAAUGUCAGCCGCAAAUUAAGUUUGGGCGGUCAAGUGGACGCUGCCAAUAACGGCAAUCUGGUGUCGCCUGCUGCGUUGACACCCUCACCGACCGCAAAGCAGCCGCAAUUGGCUGCAACUCACACUACAUCACCACAAGCACAAUCACAACAGCAACAACAACCCACCGCUGGCGGCCCGGGCAGCAAUGGCAAUAAUGAAUACAACAUUGUGCAGCUAAAUAAUACAAUCAUACAGUGUCAUUUCAACGAUGAGGAUUUUCGUGCGCUCGUCAAAGAUCUGAAACGGAAAGUGGAGUACACCGAGCGCAUGAAUUGGCUAUGCCUCUCUAAACGUCCAAUGGGUCCGCCGCAUCGCAAAAGCAGUCUACCAAAGCAUCAGGAAGUGAAAAAGCGUUUCCUGGAACUUUGUGAUACCAACUUCUCGGAUGAGGUGAAGGCAGCACUUCGCCUGCCCGCAUUCGAUUCAUAUGAGUGGUGUGAUGCCGAUGUUAUACAUUUGAUGCAAACGAUGUUCCUCGAAUUGGGCUUCAUAGAUAAAUUCAAUAUACCGGUUGAGACGUUGCGUGAGUGGCUCUAUGAGGUCUACAAGCACUACAACGAGGUGCCAUUUCACAAUUUCCGGCAUUGCUUCUGUGUGGCGCAAAUGAUGUAUGCUAUAACCAGGCAAGCUAAUUUGUUGCAGCGUCUAGGCGACCUUGAAUGUUUAAUACUGCUAGUGUCCUGCAUUUGUCAUGAUCUCGAUCAUCCCGGCUAUAAUAAUAUCUAUCAGAUAAAUGCGCGCACUGAAUUGGCGCUCAGAUAUAAUGACAUUUCACCGCUGGAGAAUCAUCAUUGUUCAAUAGCAUUCCGCCUGCUGGAGCAUCCUGAGUGUAAUAUUUUCAAAAAUUUCAGUAGCGACACAUUCAAGGAAAUACGUGAGGGUAUCAUACGUUGCAUAUUGGCCACGGAUAUGGCACGCCACAAUGAAAUACUAACACAGUUCAAAGAGAUUACACCUAUAUUUGAUUACUCAAAUCGCGCACACAUCAAUUUGCUGUGCAUGGUGCUCAUCAAAGUGGCAGACAUCUCCAAUGAGGCGCGUCCCAUGGAUGUCGCUGAACCCUGGCUUGAUCGUCUAUUACAGGAAUUUUUCGCACAAAGCGCUGCUGAGAAAUCUGAAGGUUUGCCUGUUACACCCUUCAUGGAUCCGGAUAAAGUGAGUAAACCCGGUUCGCAGGUACGUUUCAUCGGCUUGGUGCUAUUACCGCUCUUUGAGGCGCUGGGUGACUUAGUGCCUGAAGUGAUUGAACUCAUCAUAAUACCAGUGCGCAUAGCACUCGAUUACUAUAGACGCUUAAAUGAUGCGCAGAAUAAAUCGCGCAAAUCUGUCGCCGACACCAUCUCAAUGGUCGCAUCGGACAAUACCAGCGCCGCCUCGGAUGGUGGCGGCAGCACGACUGCUGUAUGUACAAGUGGUGGGCAUGCACACAGUCCAGCUGCUGGUACUAAUGGACAGAUAACCGGCACCAGUACCGCAUCUACGGGCACUACAACCACCGGUACGUGUGGUGGCAGUGGCGGCGGCGGCGGCUCGGGCAGUGGUGGCACCAACUCUGGCGGCAGUAUUUCACCACAAAUGCCACGCUCACAAUCGGGCAUUAGUGUGAAGUCCCGCCGGAGUAUACCAUCACAGAAAUCGGCAUCACGCACCUCUGUCGAUGAGCCGCAAUGCUUGGCAGCCGAAUUACACGAUCUGCCCGAGGGUAGUGAGAGUGGUGAUUCCGAGACGGCAACCGAAGUCGAUGUCGCCGAGAAAACUUCCAAAUUCAAAGUGGAUACCGAGGGCAGCAGCAAUCGUUCGAAAUCCUCACAUUCUACAUCCCGUAAGUCAUCACGCGAGAAGCGCCCUUCCAUGAUCGGCGAAAUGUGCAGUAGCGGCGGUGGUCAACGCAUACGCAAUUCUUACGGCAACAUACACGGCUAUCACACCAAUCGCUGUCACUUUAGCUCUAAUCGCGCUGUCAGUCUGGACCAGUAUAGCACUAAUAAUCGACGUCUCUCGGAUGGCCUACAGCAAGUCAUUUCCGAUAGUAAUGUCUUCUAUAAUCGUCAAAAUCGUGGCAGUCUCGAAGCAGCCGCCACUCGCCUGGGCGAUGAUCUAAAUAUGAAUGCCACAGGCGGCGCUGGUGGCAUCGCGGGUGUUACACAGUCUUCCCAGCAGCCGCUCAAUCCGAACAAUGUGCCAAAUGUGGAGUACAGCGCCGGCAUGGCAGCGCAGGUCAGCGGCGCGUGCACCAGUCAGUCUUGCCAGCAUCAACGUGUACAUCAUACACAUCACAUCAGCCAGCAUCAACAGCAGCUACAGCAACAGCAAAUACAGCAACAACUACAGCACUUACAGUCAUCGUCGAACGGCAAUCUUUCACCCACCCAGUUGCUGCCACCGAAAUUACAGCAACACUGUUGCGCCGCCGCCGCAGCAGCUGUUGCCGCUGCGGCUGGCAACACGUCCAACGGUCUCGGCGGCAAUGGCGUUGGCGGCGCUACCAUUUCCAAGUCCACCUGGAAAACACGUCUAAAACAGUUCUCCGACUACUUUGGCUUCUCCUUCGACAAGGGCGGCAAGCGUUUCGGAAGCACACGCAGUUCACCGUGCCCGGCGCGUAACAAUAAUGGCACUGGGUUGACGGGUGUCAACCAGACUAUUGAUCCGUUGCUCGGCGGCAGCGGCAGUGGUGGCAAGCCGCAAAGUAUUUGCUGCACCAUCUCGAAUAAUCUGCAGUCGCCUAGUCUGCGACACAAAUCGUUUGCCGCGGGCGCCGGUCUGCCCACGCAUUCGGAGCUAGUGAAUGCCGGUCGUUUACGCGCCUACAGCUUGGACGUGCCCUGCAGUAACACCAGCAAUCCGCGCUACAGCAGCAGCAGCGGUGGUGGCGGCGAUAGUAGUCGCAAAUCCUCGCGUCAUGAUGGCGGCACCACCGGCACCGGCGACGACAACAAUAGCAACAAUACGCUACAUAGCAGCGGUGGCGGUGGCAGUGAAAUGCCCACUUGCCUACCGCCGCCCAUACGCAUUGGCAGCGUUGAUGCCAGCGACACAAUAUUGAUAACGACUGGCUUGCCGCGCGUCAUAACGCCCGCUCAGUUAGGCGAGACCGAACCUAGUUUGAGCAUUGACUUGGGUAUGGCAAGUGGGUCCUCAUAUGAGCCGCCGAAAAUUUGACAACGGGGUAGCUCGGAGACGACAACGAACUCGCUCUCGAAUAACGGCGCAUUUGCAGCACUGCUACAGCAACAGCAACAGCUGCAGAAGGAGGCGGCAUCGCUGCGGCACAGCUCCAGCUGUAAUAUGUCCUCAAUGUCGUUGACCGUUUGGUCGGCGCUGGGACAACGGCUCAGCGCAUUGGUGUGUCAUUGCUGCGAACGAAAGUUACCCGAACCGGAAAAUGUCUGAAGCGCGCAGUAGGGCGUGAGAUAGGGAAAGACAUAUGGAAACUCGAAAUAAGGUAGUGUAAAAAUGUGUUGGAGCAACCAAAACAAUUAAAAGGAACAGCGUAUUGUCGUGGCAAAAAUGUUGUUGGGUCUUGAAAAGGUUUAGAAAAUGGAAAAAAAUGGAGGCGUAUGACUUAAAGUUAGUAGAUGUUGUUACCGACAUGUUGCAGGUAUAUUUAGUAUGAUGCUACAGUUUGGUAUUCCAAAAAUAUUUUAAAAAAAUGUCGAAAUGUUUAAGCAUAAAAGAACUGCAGGAAUAAAUAUAUUGGAUAUUAAUGCUUCAGAUAAUUGUUACAUUUUUCAAAUAUAAUUUUCAAGUAAUCAAAAUAUAUCUCACAUGGUUUUAGAUCAAAUGUUGCUAGCAACAUGUUGCUGGCAGUUAUCUUGUAAUUUAAGACACAGUUUUACGCAAAAAUAUCUGGUUAGAAGUCUACGUGUAUAUUUUUGAUUGUAUUAGGAGCUUAAAUAAUUUUUAAAAAGUUUUUGAAAAUGUUGUUGGCAAAAUUUGUAUCGAAAAAAUUUUCCGAAAUUUUUUAAUUAGAAAAUACGGACUAAAGCUGGGGAAACUAAGUCCUAAGUAGGUUCUAAUGAAGUUAUUCUAUUUUUAAUUUUAGUGUCUCAAAUAUGAGCAAGUAAAUCUUUAAUGCAAAAAAAUAAUUUUUGGUAGCCACAUUUUAGAAAAAAAUUUAUUUUUUAAUUGUAUGAAUAUUAGCAAAUUCAUUUUGACUUUGAUUUUAAAUAGUUUGUUUCAAAAACCCCCAAAAAAAAAAAGAAAUUAAUGAAUUAAUAAAUACAUACUUAUUAACCUUUACACCUACAUCUUUGUUCAAACCAUGCACACGUGAUGUGCAUUUGAUUGCCGUAAACAAUUCUAGGUGUUGUGCGUAUGUGUUAUUUUAUAUAUAAAUUAUAUGUUAUUUGUAAUAAAAAAUAU